AUGCAUCUAAAAGGAAAUGGGCUUCUUGAUGCCAUUGACAAGUCGAAAGAGACAUCCGAUGAGAAAAAGGCGAAAGCCAUGAUCUUUCUACUUCAUCACAUCCACGAUGGUUUAAAAGAUGAAUACAUCACUAAAGAAGAUCCUGCGGAUCUUUGGCAAUCUUUGAAAGAAAGAUUUGACCAUCAAAAAUAUAUAGAUUUGCCCAAAGCCAAAUACCAGUGGCUAUAUCUCCGGUUUCAGGACUAUAAAAGUGUUGUUGAAUAUAAUUCUGCUAUGUUCAGAAUAAUUUCCAAGAUGGUGCUAUGUGGAGAAAAUGUGAGCGAUUAUGAUAUGAUUGAAAAAACGCUCUCCACAUUUCACCCUGGAAAUAUAGUCCUGCAACAACAAUAUCGGGCAAAUGGCUAUACUCGUUAUUCAAAAUUGAUGGAAGUUCUCCUUGUUGCAGAACAGAAUAACGAGCUUGUGAUGAUGAACCAUCAGACUCGUCCCACUGGAGCUGCUCCAUUCCCAGAAGCGAAUGUAGCAUCGUCCAGCCAAAAUAAUGGACGAGGACGUGGACGUGGAUACGGUCGAAACCGAGGUCGUGGCCGUGGCCGUGGACGUGGUCGGGGACAAGGAAAAGAGUACCGUCCCGACGAGUCCAACAAUGAAAGGAAUUAUAAAAGAUCUCGAGCAAAUGAUUACGGCCGAGAUUCUAAAAAGCAAAAAGAAAGUGUUUGCUACAGAUGCGGCAUGAAAAAUCACUGGGAGCGUACUUGUCGUACACCCAGACACUUAGCCGAUCUGUACCGGGAAUCACAAAAAGCAAAGGAGAAAGAAAGUGAGACUAACUUCAUCUCCAAUGAACCCGGUCCUUCCUUUCACGGCCUAAACGAUGAUACUCAUCUUGAUGUUUCAGAUUUUCUGGUUGACUCCGAAGAGAUCAACGGAAAAACAGACGACUAA